AUAAAACGCCUGCUAGUCUCCAGAGAACAACGGGCUCAUUCAGCGGUCGCGAGCUGCCCGCGAGGGGGAGCGGCCGGACCGAGAGCGCGACCCUUCCCGGGGGUGGGGCCGGGCGCAGCGGCGAGAGGAGGCGAAGGUGGCUGCGGCAGCAGCAGCGCGGCAGCCUCGGACCCAGCCCGGAGCGCAGGGCGGUCGCUGCAGGUUCCCGCUCCCCUCCCGGUGCGUCCGCCCAUGGCCGCCGCGGGGCAGCUGUGCUUGCUCUACCUGUCGGCGGGGCUCCUGCCCCGGCUUGGCGCAGCCUUCAACUUGGACACUCGGGAGGACAGCGUGAUCCGGAAAGAUGGAGACCGCGGGAGCCUCUUCGGCUUCUCGCUGGCCAUGCACUGGCAACUGCAGCCCGAGGACAAGCGGCUGUUGCUCGUGGGGGCCCCGCGGGCAGAAGCGCUUCCACUGCAGAGAGCCAACAGGACGGGAGGGCUGUACAGCUGCGACAUCACCGCCCGGGGGCCAUGCACGCGGAUUGAAUUUGAUAACGAUGCUGACCCCACGUCAGAAAGCAAGGAAGAUCAGUGGAUGGGGGUCACCGUCCAGAGCCAAGGUCCAGGGGGCAAGGUCGUGACAUGUGCUCACCGAUAUGAAAAAAGGCAGCAUGUUAACACGAAGCAGGAAUCCCGAGACAUCUUUGGGCGGUGUUAUGUCCUGAGCCAGAAUCUCAGGAUUGAAGAUGAUAUGGACGGGGGAGAUUGGAGCUUUUGUGAUGGGCGAUUGAGAGGCCAUGAGAAAUUUGGCUCUUGCCAGCAAGGUGUAGCAGCUACUUUUACUAAAGACUUUCAUUACAUUGUAUUUGGAGCCCCGGGUACUUAUAACUGGAAAGGGAUUGUUCGUGUAGAGCAAAAGAAUAACACUUUUUUUGACAUGAACAUCUUUGAAGAUGGGCCUUAUGAAGUUGGUGGAGAGACUGAGCAUGAUGAAAGUCUCGUUCCUGUUCCUGCUAACAGUUACUUAGGUUUUUCUUUGGACUCAGGGAAAGGUAUUGUUUCUAAAGAUGAGAUCACUUUUGUAUCUGGUGCUCCCAGAGCCAAUCACAGUGGAGCCGUGGUUUUGCUAAAGAGAGACAUGAAGUCUACACAUCUCCUCCCUGAGCACAUAUUCGAUGGAGAAGGUCUGGCCUCUUCAUUUGGCUAUGAUGUGGCAGUGGUGGACCUCAACAAGGAUGGGUGGCAAGAUAUAGUUAUUGGAGCCCCACAGUAUUUUGAUAGAGAUGGAGAAGUUGGAGGUGCAGUAUAUGUCUACAUGAACCAGCAAGGCAGAUGGAAUAAUGUGAAGCCAAUUCGUCUAAAUGGAACCAAAGAUUCUAUGUUUGGCAUUGCAGUAAAAAAUAUUGGAGAUAUUAAUCAAGAUGGCUACCCAGAUAUUGCAGUUGGAGCUCCGUAUGAUGACUUGGGAAAGGUUUUUAUCUAUCAUGGAUCUGCAAAUGGAAUAAAUACCAAACCAACACAGGUUCUCAAGGGUACAUCACCUUAUUUUGGAUAUUCAAUUGCUGGAAACAUGGACCUUGAUAGAAAUUCCUACCCUGAUGUUGCUGUUGGUUCCCUCUCAGAUUCAGUAACUAUUUUCAGAUCCCGGCCUGUGAUUAAUAUUCAGAAAACCAUCACAGUAACUCCUAACAGAAUUGACCUCCGCCAGAAAACAGCGUGUGGGGCGCCUAGCGGGAUAUGCCUCCAGGUUAAAUCCUGUUUUGAAUAUACUGCUAACCCCGCUGGUUAUAAUCCUUCAAUAUCAAUUGUGGGCACACUUGAAGCUGAAAAAGAAAGAAGAAAAUCUGGGCUGUCCUCAAGAGUUCAGUUUCGAAACCAAGGUUCUGAGCCCAAAUAUACUCAAGAACUAACUCUGAAGAGGCAGAAACAGAAAGUGUGCAUGGAGGAAACCCUGUGGCUACAGGAUAAUAUCAGAGAUAAACUGCGUCCCAUUCCCAUAACUGCUUCAGUGGAGAUCCAAGAGCCAAGCUCUCGUAGGCGAGUGAAUUCACUUCCAGAAGUUCUUCCAAUUCUGAAUUCAGAUGAACCCAAGGCAGCUCAUAUUGAUGUGCACUUCUUAAAAGAGGGAUGUGGAGACGACAAUGUAUGUAACAGCAACCUUAAACUAGAAUAUAAAUUUUGCACCCGAGAAGGAAAUCAAGACAAAUUUUCUUAUUUACCGAUUCAAAAAGGUAUACCAGAACUAGUUCUAAAAGAUCAGAAGGAUAUUGCUUUAGAAAUAACAGUGACAAACAGCCCUUCCAACCCAAGGAAUCCCACAAAAGAUGGCGAUGAUGCCCAUGAGGCCAAACUGAUUGCAACGUUUCCAGACACUUUGACAUAUUCUGCAUAUAGAGAACUGAGGGCUUUCCCUGAGAAACAGUUGAGUUGUGUUGCCAACCAGAAUGGCUCGCAAGCUGACUGUGAGCUUGGAAAUCCUUUUAAAAGAAAUUCAAGUGUCACUUUUUAUUUGGUUUUAAGUACAACUGAAGUCACCUUUGACACCCCAGAUCUGGAUAUUAAUCUGAAGUUAGAAACAACAAGCAAUCAAGAUAAUUUGGCUCCAAUUACAGCUAAAGCAAAAGUGGUUAUUGAACUGCUUUUAUCAGUCUCGGGAGUUGCUAAACCUUCCCAGGUGUAUUUUGGAGGUACAGUUGUUGGCGAGCAAGCUAUGAAAUCUGAAGAUGAAGUGGGAAGUUUAAUAGAGUAUGAAUUCAGGGUAAUUAACUUAGGUAAACCUCUUACAAACCUCGGCACAGCAACCUUGAACAUUCAGUGGCCAAAAGAAAUUAGCAAUGGCAAAUGGUUGCUUUAUUUGGUGAAAGUAGAAUCCAAAGGAUUGGAAAAGAUAACUUGUGAGCCACAAAAUGAGAUAAACUUCCUGAACCUAAAGGAGUCUCACAAAUCAAGAAAGAAACGGGAAAUUACUGAAAAACAGAUAGACGAUAACAGAAAAUUUUCUUUAUUUGCUGAAAGAAAAUACCAGACUCUUAACUGUAGCGUGAACGUGAACUGUGUGAACAUCAGAUGCCCGCUGCGAGGGCUGGACAGCAAGGCGUCUCUUAUUUUGCGCUCGAGGUUAUGGAACAGCACAUUUCUAGAGGAAUAUUCCAAACUGAACUACUUGGACAUUCUCAUGCGAGCCUUCAUUGACGUGACUGCUGCUGCCGAAAAUAUCAAGCUGCCAAAUGCAGGCACUCAGGUUCGUGUGACUGUGUUUCCCUCAAAGACUGUAGCUCAGUAUUCAGGAGUACCUUGGUGGAUCAUCCUAGUGGCUAUUCUUGCUGGGAUCUUAAUGCUUGCUUUAUUAGUGUUUAUACUAUGGAAGUGUGGUUUCUUCAAGAGAAAUAAGAAAGAUCAUUAUGAUGCCACAUAUCACAAGGCUGAGAUCCAUGCUCAGCCAUCUGAUAAAGAGAGGCUUACUUCUGAUGCAUAGUAUUGAUCUACUUCUGUAAUUGGUAAUUGAUCAAUGUUUUUUAAUUGCUAGCUGUGGGACCCGCUAUGGUUGUGGUGGCUAACUUUAAGAACAACAGCUUGCUAUGUGUGUCCCAUUAACAGAUGUUUCCAAAUGUCCACACUGGCUUGCCUUGCUUGGAUUUGUUUUAUUUUAUUUCACUUGAAAGCUCAGUUUUGUUUUUUAUUUUUUUUAAUGCACAAUCUUUCGUUGCAGGUGAGUUAUUUUAUGUUCUUGUUAAAUAUCACCCACAGCAAUGAAGAAAAUUUGCAAUAUUUGUACACACAAAAUGAGGCUUUUAGCCCUCCAUAGUAGCCCAACUUGCCAUGUGUUAUUAAUUCGGUAUGUCGCAUUCCACUAGGGAAUUCAAAGAUGCAUAAGAAAUCAUUCUAGAUUUCUUGUUCAUUUUGGAAUUUUCCACAGAUAGAAGCUGUGUCGACCGCCUAAUUAACCUGUUGCAUGUUGGAAAUGUUGUGUUUCUCUUGGUGAGGCUUCCUCACUGUCAUCUUUUUGUUCUCUUUGCUAUAAAGUGAUGGGGUAAGGCUUGGAAUGCUUUUUACUGUUGCUCAGGAAUCAUUUUAUGCUAGCUAAGCAUGCAACUUCCAUUUCCUGCAUAUCUCCUACAGGUCAAAGACCAUUACAACAAACUAUGACGGGCUUUUAUGGCCAACUUCAGAAGAUGAUCCCUUACCAAAGUUACCUUCCAUCUACAAAAUUCUAGUACAAAAAAUACCCUGAACAGUUUUUAUUGCAAUAUGUUGCGAUGGAGUUUGACCAUAUUUAUUUCAUGUGUCCAGAGAUUUUAUCCAACCUUGGAUCUCAGUUGAUUUUCAAUUCAAGUUUCUCUUAUUUGGAAAUACAUGGAAAUAGGAAUUGCUAGUGAUUCCUUUCACCAUUUAUGUGGGCAUGAGAGGACAGAAUUACUCCUUUAAUCCUUUCCAUGGCACUAUCACAGUGAAUCACAACAUUACCAUUCAGCUUUACAUAUUACCCUUAAUUUCCCUCUUUGUUUAAAUGGGGUAGACAGCAGUCAUAUAUUGUAAUAGAUAGGUACUUCGGCUUUUUUUUCUUUUUUUGCACAGAAUAAUAAAUGAAUCCAUGUAGAAAUGACCUGGAACAAAACAUCUUGGUCCAUUUUGCCUAUUGAUUUAGUGAUAACUAUGCAUAUAAUUUUAUCUUGCUCCAUGGCAUUUUUAUAACAUCAUUCAACAUAAAUGUCCUGUUACUAUUGAUGUCACAUAAUAAACACAUUAAUCAACCAUUCUAUUAAUAUCCUCAUUCUUCUAAAUUGCAUUUUAAAGUUGAAAACACCUUUUUUAAAAAAUGUAUUUCAUUUAGAAAUUUAAUCUCAAUUCAAAUUUUUUCAGAUAUAUUCUCAGUAAAAAUAUACUUUGGAUCAGAUUGAAUAUUUAAAUGAAUUUUUUAUAUAUAUAUAUACACACACACACACACACAUUAACAAUUUAAAGGUAAAUGUAUUUUUGCAAAAGAAGAGAAAUUAGGGAGUGCUCUGAAAUUCAGUGUAGUGAUACACUUCUCAAGUCCUAUGCAGCACAUGAUUUUUAUUGCAGGAAACAGUUACUAUGUGAUUAAUGAAACAGCUUAAUUAGAAGCACAAUAGCAAAUCCAGGCAACAUAAAUGACCUCCUAGCUAAUGAGAGAAGUGAUAUGUGUACUAGAGCCUCAGAGGAGAGAAGAAGAUUAUAAAGUUGACCUGUUGGAACACUGGCAUAUUCAAAUAGUAAUUUGUAAAAUACUUGUGACAUGAUUUGCAUUUUAUUAGUGGGAAAGGGGCAUGAAAUCUUUGGUUUAUGCUUUUUAAAAAUUAUUCUUAAUCUAAUCUGAUAAUCAGAUGUUUUACAUAUAAUAUUGUGAUUAUUUUUAAAUAUGGAAGCACUGUUUUCAUAAACUCUUAAAUUGUUUGUUAGUAAAGAGGUAGCCUACAUUUGUUAAAAAAUGUAAAGAGAAGAUGAAAACGGACAUUUCUUCCAGUUUUACAGCUGUUCUCUUCCGUUGAUCCCCACUGGCUCUUCUUUCAUUUCAACCUCUUGGUUCUUUCUUAAAAGAAAACCAUGUCUUUUUCCCCUUAGUCCAGAGGUAGACUAUAGCUGAACAGAAAGCUUAGACAUUCCCAUUUAGUGUACUUGCUUCUUUGUGAGAUUAAUUUCUCUUUCUCUUUCCCUCUUCUCUAGUGUGGAUUCUUUAAACGCUCUAGGUACGAUGACAGUGUCCCCCGAUACCAUGCUGUAAGGAUCCGGAAAGAAGAGCGAGAGAUCAAAGAUGAAAAGUAUAUUGAUAACCUUGAAAAAAAACAGUGGAUCACAAAGUGGAACGAAAAUGAAAGCUACUCAUAGGGGGGGCCUAAAAAAAAAAGCUUCACAGUACCCAAACUUUUUCCAACUCAGAAAUUCAAUUUGGAUUUAAAAGCCUGCUCAAUCCCUGAGGACUGAUUUCAGAGUGACUACACACAGUACGAACCUACAGUUUUAACUGUGGAUAUUGUUACGUAGCCUAAGGCUCCUGUUUUGCACAGCCAAAUUUAAAACUGUUGGAAUGGAUUUUUCUUUAACUGCCUUAAUUUAACUUCUGGGUUGCCUUUGUUUUUGGCGUGGCUGACUUUACAUGUAUUGGGGAAGGGCCUGCCCAGUUGCACUCAGGUGACAUCCUCCAGACAGUGUAGCUGAGGAGGCACCUACACUCACCUGCACUAACAGAGUGGCCGUCCUAACCUCGGGCCUGCUGCGCAGACAUCCAUCACGUUAGCUGUCCCACAUCACAAGACUAUGACAUUGGGGUAGUUGUGUUUCAAUGGAAAGUGCUGUCUUAAACUAAAUGUGCAAUAGAAGGUGAUGUUGCCAUCCUACCGUCUUUUCCUGUUUCCUAGCUGUGUGAAUACCUGCUCACGUCAAACGCAUACAGGUUUCAUUCUCCCGUUCACUAAAACACACAGGCGCAACAGACUUGAAUGCUAGUUAUACUUAUUUGUAUAUGGUAUUUAUUUUUUCUUUUCUUUACAAACCAUUUUGUUAUUGACUAACAGGCCAAAGAGUCUCCAGUUUACCCUUCAGGUUGGUUUAAUCAAUCAGAAUUAGAGCAUGGGAGGUCAUCACUUUGACCUAAAUUAUUUACGGCAAAAAGAAAAUCUUUAUAAAUGUACCAGAGAGAGUUGUUUUAAUAACUUAUCUAUAAAUUAUAACCUCUCCUUCAUGACAACCUCCACCCCACAACCCAAAAGGUUUAAGAAAUAGAAUUAUAACUGUAAAGAUGUUUAUUUCAGGCAUUGGAUAUUUUUUAGUUUAGAAGCCUGCGUAAUGUUUCUGGAUUUCAUACUGUAACAUUCAGGAAUUCUUUGAGAAAAUGGGUUUAUUCACUGAACUCUAGUGCAGUUUACUCACUGCUGUAAAUACUGUAUAUUCAGGACUUGAAAGAAAUGGUGAAUACCUAUGGUGGAUCCAGACCGAUCCAGUAUAAGACUACUGAAUCUGCUACCAAAACAGUUAAUCAGUGAGUCGAUGUUCUAUUUUUUGUUUUGUUUCCUCCCCUAUCUAUCUGUAUUCCCAAAAAUUACUUUGGGGCUAAUUUAACAAGAACUUUUGUGUUUUAACUGUAAAAAUGGCAGGGGGGUGGAAUUAUUACUCUAUACAUUCAACAGAGACUGAAUAGUUAUGAAAGCCGAUUUUUUAAAAUUACCAUGCUUCACAAUGUUGUUAUAUGGGGAGCAACAGCAAACAGGUGCUAAUUUGUUUUGGAUAUAAUAUAAGCAGUGUCUGUCCAACACAAUUUGUAGUGCCACUGUUGUUUUGGGGGGCUUUUUUCUUUUCAGAAAUCUUAAACCUUAAGAUACUAAGGACGUUGUUUUGGUUGUACUUUGGAAUUCUUAUUCACAAAAUAUAUUUUGUUUACAAAAAUUUCUGUAAAACAGGUUAUAACAGUGUUUAAAGUCUCAGUUUCUUGCUUGGGGAACUUGUGUCCCUAAUGUGUUUAGAUUGCUCAGGAGCUGAUAUUUUGACAGUGUUUUUAGACCUGUGUUAUUAAAAAAAAAGAUGAAUGUCCCAGAAAGGGUGUUGGGAGGGUGGUUCAACAAAGAAAGAUGUUAUGGUGUUUAAAUUUAUGGUUGUUAAAAAUGUCAUCUCAAGUCAAGUCACUGGUCUGUUUGCAUUUGAUACAUUUUUGUACUAACUAGCAUUGUAAAAUUAUUUCGUGAUUAGAAAUUACCUGUGGAUAUUUGUAUAAAAGUGUGAAAUAAAUUUUUUAUAAAAGUAUUAAUUGUUUCAUAACACAGCAUUGUAUAUGUGAAGCAAACUCUAAAAUUAUAAACGACAACCUGAAUUGUCUAUUUCAUCAAA